GCCAAGGGAGAGCAUAAGUAGCAGGGGGUUCAGCGCAAAACCCAGGACACUGUCUCCCUGAACUAAGGUGUUCUGGAGAAGACAACUGAGCUGAGGGCUCCAAAUUCUGCUGAUCUUCUACAUCUCACAGGGAAAGAGCUGGACCCAAUGAAAUUUAUCUUCUAUUUAAGUCUUCUUGCUGGGACAUCUUUCUUUGCUCACUCAUCUGUGCAGAAAGAAGAUCAUGCUCCCUAUUUGGUAUACCUAAAGUCUCACUUCAACCCCUGUGUGGGUGUCCUCAUCAAAGCCCAAUGGGUACUGGCCCCAGCUCACUGCUACUUACCAAAUCUGAAAGUGAUGCUGGGAAAUUUCAAGAGCAGAGUCAGAGAUGGGACAGAGGAAACAAUUAGCCCUAUCAAGAUUAUCCGCUACUGGAACCACAGCAAUAGCUCCCCACAAGAUGACCUCAUGCUCAUUAAGUUAGCUAAGCCUGCUGCCUUCAACCACAAAGUCCAGACCCUUUCCCUUGCCACCAGCAAUGUCCGACCAGGCACUGUCUGCAUGCUCUCAGGUUUGGACUGGAGCCAAGAAAACAAUGGCAGACACCCUGACUUACGGCAGAACCUAGAGGCCCCUGUGAUGACUGAUAAUGAGUGCCAACAAACCGAACAAGGAAAAAGCCACAGGAACUCCUUAUGUGUGAAAUUUGUGAAAGUAUUCAGCCGAAUUUUUGGGGAGGUGGCUGUAGCUACUGUCAUCUGCAAAAACAAGCUCCAGGGGAUUGAAGUUGGGCACUUCAUGGGAGGAGACGUUGGCAUUUACACGAAUGUUUACAAAUAUGUAUCCUGGAUUGAGAAAACCACUAAAGACGAAUGAGACCCUACAUCGCCGUCUGCAUCCCAUUGGCUCUGUCAGUGACUAUGCAAACUGAUAUCUUCUCUUAACUCAAAAUCUCCAAAUAAAAAUCUUUGGAUGCAGCAUA